GGAAAUAGGGAAAUAAAGAGAGUGACAUCUACUUGUCAAAUAUGUAACUCGUUUUGUGAGCGGAAACCUCGAAGCAGAACGAGUUGAAUCGGAUCAACCCGUCACACUCUGUCCUAACCUAAUUCACCAUGAAUUCUCUCCUCGCUUCUCCAUUACACGCCUUACCACACACUUGUACUACAACUGAAUAUUUCAAUCUUGUUCUCAAAUCAAGACAACGACGCAAUUUUCUAUUCAUAUCCACCAAAUUCAAAACACCCAACUUCAUUCCACGUUGUUCAUCUUCCUCUAAUGGAUCCAACAACAGCCCUUCAGAUGAAGCUUCUCUUCAAAACGGUGACGUCUUUCAUGCUGAAGUCACAAACCCCCAAGUUCAGUUCUUCAGUUCUCUUGUGCCCAAGUUUAGCUUCAGUGACCAAGCUUUCUUUCUCCUCGCAUUCGUCGCCUGCACGACUUCAGUGGCAUUCACUGGCCUUGUUCUUGCAGCUGUUCCCACCUUACUUGCGAUGAGAAAAGCUGCAAUAUCAUUUUCAAAGCUAGCUGAUACAGCUCGUGAGGAACUCCCAAGCACCAUGACUUCCAUUAGGCUUUCGGUGAUGGAAAUGAAUGAUCUGACCCUAGAAUUAAGUGAACUAAGCCAGGAAAUAACAGAAGGAGUCAACAAGUCAGCUCAAGCUUUGCAAGCAGCAAAAACUGGAAUUCAACAUAUCGGUUCAGUGGCACAACAACAAACUCUAUCCAUGAUUGAAGAGAGAGCGAAUUUGCCCGAAAUAUCUCUGAGACACGUGGUUGCUGGAGCUGCAAGAAAGACUACAAGAGCAGUUGGUCAAGCCACAAAGAGCUUGUUGAACACGAUUUCGAGAAGAGAAAACACUAGCGAAUAUGAUGAUGUAGGCUAUUGAAAAGGAAAAGAUAGCACAGAAAACCUUAUAUGUUCUAAAGUUCAAUCAACAACCCAAAAAGGUUACAACAUCAAGAAAUGAUCUAAUGUUUGUAAAAAAAGACCCUUUUGUGGAUGAUGUUCUACAAAAAGUAGUAGAUGAUACAAAUAGAGCAGACAAAGAACAUAUACGUUAAAUCCUUCAAUAGAUUUAUGUUAAAGAAGUAGAUUAAGAGGACUUUCAUGAA